GACUGAUACAAUAUCAUUUUAUCAACAAAACCACAUUGUACAGAAAGAACAAAACCAAAUCAAAUUCCUCUGUCUGAUCAAUCUGAUUGCAAUCAAUGGCAGAUUCCACAAAGAGAUAUGCAGUGGUGACAGGAGCAAACAAGGGGAUUGGGUUUGAGAUUAGCAGGCAAUUGGCAUCAAGUGGGGUUGCGGUGGUUUUAACAGCCAGAGAUGAGCAAAGGGGACUUGAAGCUGUCAAUAAUCUGCUUCGGAACUCCCCCGGUCUAUCCGACUCUGUUAUCUUCCACCAGCUCGAUGUCACUGACCCUGCUAGCAUCGCUUCCCUUGCAGAGUUCGUAAAGGCUCGGUUCGGGAAGCUAGAUAUUCUGGUGAACAAUGCCGGGAUUGGCGGUGUCAUUAUGGAUGCUGAUGCUCUGAGAGCAAACUUUGGGAAGGAAGGUGUGCAGUUGAAUUGGGACGAGAUCAUAACCCAAACUUACGAAUUGGCUUCAAAAUGCAUCGACACGAACUAUUAUGGGUCCAAGAGAAUGGUCGAAGCUCUUGUCGGACUCCUCCAACUAUCCGAUUUACCGAGAGUAGUGAACGUAUCCUCUUCCAUGGGACAACUGCAGGCAAGUAAUGUGUCCCAGGAAUGGGCUAAGCGAGUACUGAGCGACGCCGAGAACCUCACGGAAGAGAAAAUCGAUGAGGUUGUGAAUGCAUUUCUCCUUGAUUUCAAGGAAGGCUCGUGGGCCUCCAAAGGGUGGCCAUCAUUCAUGUCCGCUUACACAAUCUCUAAGGCGGGUCUCAAUGCUUACACGAGGGUUGUGGCAAAGAAAUAUGCCGAGUUCUGCAUAAACUGUGUCUGCCCUGGGUUUGUCAAGACGGACAUCAACGUAAAUACGGGAUUCAGUCCGGUUGAAGAAGGCGGAGAAAGUCCCGUGAGGUUAGCUUUGCUGCCCGACGGAGGCCCUUCUGGCCGCUUCUUCUUCAAGAAAGCGGAGUCGGAAUUCUGAUUGCCCAAAAAAAACAACAACAACAAUAAUAAUAAUAAUAAUAAUAACCAGGAAGGAAUUAAUCCAUUUCCUCUAUAUAUGUUAAUCAACUGUUUAUUAUAUGUGAACUUGGUUUCCUAACAUUGGUAUGUUUUAAUAUUCAAUCACACUGCUACUGAAGUAUUUACAUACGUUGCAAAUAAGAUCAGUCGGAAUGACUGAUCGAUAUUUUCAUAUUCUAAUUCGAUUUAUCUAAAUCGAUGAAUUUGUAAAGCUCCAUUAAUGGAUAAAUGCUAUCAUGUUUCUAGA